UCUCUAGCCGCCAGCAAUGACUGUGGACCACGACAUCCCCCACAACCGCCUCGCCGCUCGUCCUCCUCCCCAAGAUGUGUCGCUCCGUCCAGACACUUCACCAGACAGCCCGUUGCAGCCUCCAUCCUAUGCUGGGCGCAGCAUUGGUCAGGUGUGUUUGAGCCUAGCAAAGAUGUUGGUAGGCAAAAACAAGCCAGCAGCCCCCUCCACGCCUGAAACAUCCAUCACCAGUGCUGUACUUUUCGUCAUCAACCACACGAUCUUGCUCCAGAUCUUUUUCCUCCUUUCCAUCUACAAAAGCAUCCAGUAUCUCUACCGCAAAGUGGCGUUGAAAUACCUUACCCUUGCAUACUACCCCAACAAGUCGCCGCAUGUGAUCCGUGACGACGUCAACAAGCUCACCAAGAUCCCCAAGAACAUCUCGUGCAUCUUGAACUUGAAGCACGAGGACGACGAGAACGGAGGCAUCGAUGGCUUGAUCAACCAGAUCAGCGAGAUCGCUGCGUGGUCCCUCUCCGCAGGAGUGCCCCAGCUCAGCAUCUACGAGUACACGGGACUCGUCAACCGCAAUCACGCUGCGUAUCUCCCCUUGUUGACCAAGGACUUGUCAAAGAACUUGGCCAACUACUUUGGAACCGCAUCCAUCCCCACCUACUCCAUCCGAAUCCCCCACAAGAAUAUCAUCACCUACAGUGCUCCUGGCACCACCAAGGUAGACCUCGAAAUCACUCUUCUCAGCCGCGUCGACGGUAAACCCACCAUCGUGGAGCUCACCAAGACCAUGAGCGACUUGGCCAUCAACAACGAGUUGUCAGUCAACGACAUCAGCAUUGACUUGAUUGACGAGGAGCUCGUCGAGCUUGUGGGUCCGGAGCCCGACCUCGUGGUGUGCUUUGCCCCUUAUCUCGAUCUCCAGGAUUACCCUCCGUGGCACAUCCGCUUGUCGGAGAUCUACUGGGAGCAGGACAACAAGGACGUAAACUAUGCGGUAUUUAUCCGGGCCUUGAAGCUGUACGCCCAUUGUAAAAUCAACGUGGGGAAGUAAUCCACGAUUACUAGCUUGGGAUGAUCAAUAAAGUGAUAAACAGAAUUAUAGCUGGUUUGGAGAUAUUCGAUUCCACGAUAUAGGUGGAUAAUGUUGCUAGUACGUCGUUACAGGUCCAUUCAACUCGCUGCAUCAAUAUUGCUAAAGCGCAUACAUUGCCAGUCAACUCAUACCACACCCAUUCGUCUUGAGCAUUCUAAUUACAUACCUCCAAUACUGAAACAGUGCCUCUUAUUGCUGCAUGUUUCUUUCCAGGAGGCUUUAACUAAUUUAAUGAAAUCCUAAUACCUUCACAGCUUGUAGAUCUAGUAAUUUAUAACUAGUUUAAUUAAUU